GAAAUUAUGUGAUUUCUCAAAAAAAAUAAAAUCACGCUUCCCGAGACGCUGAAAGUGAAAGUAUAAAAGUUUGUUUAUAAAGUGAUUUUUGCUUGUUAAAAAAGAUGUCUGAAAAUGUAAAAGUUGCUGUCCGCGUACGACCAUUUAAUUCACGAGAAAAAGAAAGAAAUGCAGUCCUUUGCAUUAAAAUGUCAGGAAGUUCAACAUAUAUCUCUAAUCCUGAAGAACCAAACAGUGAACCAAGAAAGUUUGCGUUUGACUAUAGCUAUUGGUCACAUGAUGGUUUUGAGGAGCAGCCUAAUGGGUAUUUAUCACCUGCAAAUUCAAGUUAUGCAGAUCAGAAAGCUGUAUUUUCUGACCUUGGAGAAGGUGUAUUGUCAAAUGCAUGGAAAGGUUAUAAUUGCUCCUUGUUUGCAUAUGGGCAAACUGGCUCAGGAAAAUCUUAUUCUAUGGUUGGAUAUGGUGUAAAUUUAGGUAUUGUUCCUGUUACAUGUGAAAGACUUUUUGAAGAUAUUUCAAAAAAGAAAUCAGAAGGUUCAAGUACAGAGUAUCAAGUGAAAUUGAGCAUGAUGGAAAUUUAUAAUGAACAGGUUCGAGAUUUACUUAAUGCCUCCACUUUGACUAUAAAGGGUGGAAUGAAAGUUAGACAGGAUCCAAAACAAGGCUUUUAUGUUGAUGGUUUGACUAUGGUUCCAGUUGCAAGUUACAAUGAUAUAAAUUCAAAAAUUGAGCAAGGAACAAAACAACGUACUGUUGCUGCAACCCAAAUGAAUGCAACAAGCAGUCGUGCACAUACUAUAGUUGCCAUCAAUUUUUCACAAAAAGGAAAAAAUGAGCAAAGUGGACAAAACACUACCAAAACAUCGGUCAUUAAUUUGGUGGAUUUAGCUGGAAGUGAACGUGCUGAUUCUACAGGAGCUACAGGUGAUCGUUUAAAAGAAGGUUCUGCAAUCAAUCAGUCUUUGUCAUGCUUAGGCAAUGUCAUAAAAGCUUUGGCUGAUGCUUCAUCUGGUAAAGGUCAAGUAUUAGUUCCAUUUCGUGAUUCUGUCCUUACUAAACUGCUGAAGAAUGCUCUUGGAGGAAACAGUAAAACUGUUAUGAUUGCUGCUCUUAGUCCUGCUGACAUUAAUUAUGAGGAAACACUUUCAACCUUAAGGUUUGCUGACCGUGCCAAGUCAAUAAAAACAUCUGCUGUUGUUAAUGAAAGUCCAACAGACAAACUAAUCCGUGAGUUGCGUGAAGAAAAUGCUAGAUUGCUUGAGCAGUUGAAAGCUGCAAAAGGUGAUCCAAAGGCAUUAGCAGCAUUAGCUGCUCAAUUAAGCGGUGGAGAUGAUGAAUCUUCAGAGAAAGGUGACAAUAAAAGAGGAAUAGAUGAAGCUGAGGUUGAAGCAAUGAAAAAGGAAAUGGAGGAGAGAUUAAAAAGAAACCAAGAAGAAGUUGAACAAAUGAAAAAAACAUGGGCAGAAAGAUUAAAAGAAGAAGAAGCUGCAUCAAAGCUUAAGGAAGAAGAGCUGAAAAAUGAACAUAAAAUGAAGAAAACUACAGCACAUCUAUGGAAUCUCAAUGAAGAUCCUCAAUUGACAAAUAUGAUAAUACAUUUUUUAAAGCCAGGUAAAUAUCAUGUUGGAAAUAAAAAAGGAAAUCCAACACCAGAAAUUUUGCUUAAUGGAUUAAGCAUUCAAAAGGAUCAUGCAGUUAUAGAACACGAUGGAAAUUCUAAUAAAAUCAAAAUAGUUCCUAACAAAGAAGCAAAAGUAGUUUGCAAUGGAAUUAUUCUUGUAGAUGAAAGCGAACUGCGGCAUGGUGAUAGAAUUUUGUUUGGUAACAAUCAUUUGUUUGUUCUUCACCAUCCAAAAGAUGCAGAUUUAUUGAAAAAGAAAGAAGAUGCAAAGAAACAAGGAAAAACUUUUGAAGAAGUAUUACCUACUUUUGAUCAAGCGCAAGAGGAAAUAGCACAGAAUUCUGGACUAAUUAACUAUGGGAAUAUAGGUGAUCAUAAAGAUGGCAAAAAGUCUCCUCAGGAUUUACUACUUCAAGAAGAUUUAUUAAAAAUACUUCCAAUGAUCAAUGAAGCAAACGCUAUGAGUGAAGAGCUUGAUAAAAAGGUUGCUUUUGAACCAGUAUUGGUUUCACCUCAAGCAAGAGGGGAAAAAGAAGGAAGAACUGAAGUAAAAGUAAAAAUGCGUGAUCUUACAAAUGAUAAUGAAUGGAUAUGGGAUAAGAAUAAGUUUAUCAACCGAAAAUUUAUUAUGCAAGAGAUGUAUCAAAACUUUACAGAUGGGUAUCCUGAUUGGAAUGUUGCAAAAGAAAAAGAUCCCUUUUGGGAAGCACCAGAUGCAGAUGUACUAAUUGGUUCAGUUCAUUUAUAUCUUCAAAGUUUGGCAUAUAAAAUUGAGUUAGAAGAGACACUUGCAAUAACCGACUUCAAAGGAAAUGAGCUUGGUCAACUUUUUGUCCAGAUAAUACCAUGUGAUGCUUCUGGAAAAGCUGUCAGUGAGGAUGAGUUUGUUGAAGAUCCAGCUGAAUUAAUAGGAAAAUCACUUUAUUGUCAAAUGAAAAUAUCUUCAGCUAGAGGUUUACCAAAGAAGUUUGCAAAGGGUGAGUCAUUUUGUUCAUACAAGCUUUAUAUGCAAAAUGAUGCAACUUUAACCUCUGUCGUGAAAAACACUAUAAACCCUGACUUUAAUCACCAAAAAAUAUUUACUUUUAAUCCAGUAACCAAGUCUUUUGUAGAUUAUCUGAUGAAAUCACCGCUUGUUAUUGAUGUCUGGGGUAAACAAAAUGGUGAAAUCAAAAAUGACAAUGUGAAUGUCAGUACUAGACAACUAAUGAAUCAAGAUAAAGUCUCCAGUAGUCACAUAAAGCAGAAUACUGCUGAUGAUGAUGAAAGAUAUAAGUUGCUCUGUGAAAUAAAUACAUACAAGCGAAGAGCUGAGCGAAUGAAUAAGAAAUUGACAAGAAUUAACGAGUAUGUAAAGGAGAGAAAAUCAGCCAAUCAAACAACUCUAGAGUUGUCAAAAAUUGAAGCGAUAAUGCUGGGACCUGAUAGAAAAGACAUGCAGCGUUUUGCAGCCGCAGCCAAUGUAGUAUUGACGACUGAGAAAGUGAGAGGUAAAACUCCAACAAGUACUGCAUGCUCACUUCAAUGAUUGAUAUCAAUUUGUCACCAACAAAGACUUUGUUACCAAAUGUUAUUGCAAUCUUAUCUACAACAGAUGUUAGAGCAACAUUUCAGUAAAUCUAAAAACAAAGAAAAAACAAUUUUAAAAAUAUUUUUCUAGGAAGUUUUUCUAAAAAAUGAAUAUAGUUUUAUUUUUAUUUAUGAUAACUUUAGACAAAGAUGGUUUUUUUAACCUGAAGACAAAAAUGGUAUUUUUAUCCUUAAGCAAUGUAAUGAAUAAUUUGAAAUAAAAAGUACGUAAAAAGUUGGAUAGUAUGGUACAAGCAAAUUUCUCGUAUCAAAAACUUCUUACCCUUUGGGCGCUGUACGUCCGCUGACGUCCGUAGGACGUGAGACGUUUAUUACGGACAUCUUUGCCUAUUAGGUAAUUACCUCUAAUAAUUAACUUUUAACUAUCUUUUACCAUUUUAAAUAGUUUAUUGGAAUAAUUAUUUAUGGAUUAAUACACGGUAUUAUUAUCUAUAUUUACGUCAUAAAUUGUAAUUAUUUUAUUCUAUUAAAAUAACUAAUAACUUUUUAUCAGUAUCUAACAUGUGUUUUUGAUAUAUAUUAUGUGAUGAUAUAUAUAUAGUAUAUUAUAAUAUAUAUAUAUAGUAUAUAUAUAUAUAUAUAUAUACUACAUAUAUAUAUAUAUAUAUAUAUAU